CAGAAGCGUCUGUUAGCAACACGUCGCUCAGACGAAGAAAUCGAGUGAAUGUCAAGUCUUGUGAUUGUCGCGGGAAAUGUGUGCAAGAAAGACGGCAGAGUACAAGGAGGAACUUUGUCAGUUGCAACCUCGAGUUGCCUUACAAGGAGCAGACCUCAAUGAAGAAGAGCACUCCAAGGGAACGUUGAAAUGUACACGCGAGCAGCAGGAGCCAGCACACGUCCAAAUUAAAGAGGAGGAGCAGGAGGGGGAGCGCGAGUGCCCUCACGUUAAAGAAGAAGAGCGGGAAGAUGAAAUCAGCAAGUUUCCAUUGACUGGAGUCAUUGUGAAGAGUGACGAAGCUGAUGGAGACCAGGAUGGGCGAUCCCAAUCGGACAGCCUCUUAGCUCCACUUUCAGAUGGUGACGACGUGACGUCACGCUCCUCUGACAGUGGCGGUGACGACGACGAUGAUGAUGAUGAACACGUUAACGACCUCAAAGAAGAAGAUCUUGGACCUGAGCAGCCCCAAACUACAGAGGAGGAGGCGCCAGAGGGCCCUCACGUUAAAGAAGAAGAGCAGGAAGAUGAAGUCAGCAAGUUUCCAUGGACUGGAGUCGGUGUGAAGGAUGACGAAGCUGAUGGAGACCAGGAUGGACGAUCCCACGCGGACGGGCUCUUGGCUCCACUUUCUGACGGCGUCACGUCACAGUCUUCCGACGCAGAGGAUGACGACAAUGACGGACAGUCCAAACGUGAUCUGACGUGUCAUGCGCGCAACAUACGACUGACAUGUUCCCAUUGUGGCAAAACUUUAGCCAGUAAGUCAUCACUGAGAAAACACACCAGGACACACACGGGGGGGAAACGCUUUGCCUGCUCCGUUUGUGGUCAAAGAUUCUCUGAAAAGGGAACUUUAGCCGAUCACAUCGUCACUCACACUGGUGAGAAACCGUUUAUCUGCUCAGAGUGUGGUAAAACGUUUACGUAUAAAAGGAAUUUAACAAGCCACACUAGAACACACACGGGGGAGAAACGCUUUGCCUGCUCCGUUUGCGGAAAAAAAUUUCAUCUGAAAACUGAUUUAACAAGCCACACCAGAACACACACGGGGGAGAAACCUUUUGCCUGCUCAGUUUGUGGUCAAAGAUUCUCUGAAAAGGGAAAUUUAAGCAAACACAAAAUUACUCACACCGGUGAAAAACCUUUUAUCUGCUCAGUGUGUGGUAAAACAUUUACAUAUAAACAGGAUUUAACAAGGCAUUCAAGAAGACACACUGGGGAGAAACGCUUUGCCUGCCCAGUUUGUGGGGAAAGAUUUGUUCAGAAAGCAGAUUUAACACGGCACACGGUAACGCACACUGGAGAAAAACCUUUUGCCUGUUCAGGUUGUGACAAAGGGUUUUUUACAAAAGGUGACUUAAAAAAACACACAAGAACGCACACUGGGGAAAAACCCUUUGCCUGCUCAGUGUGUGGGAAAAGAUUCUUUCAGAAAGCAGAUUUAGCAAGGCACACAAUAACUCACAGUGGAGAAAAACCUUUUGCCUGUUCCAUUUGUGGUAAAGCAUUUUAUCUAAAUAAAGAGCUAACACGGCACACAAUGAGUCACACCGGGGAAAAACCAUUUGCUUGUUCAGGCUGUGAUAAAGUUUUUUUUACAAAGGGUGACUUGAAAAAACACACGAGAACACACACUGGGGAAAAACCCUUUGCCUGUUCAACUUGCGGAACAAGAUUCAGACAUAAGGGACUUUUGAACGUGCACAGAAGAAUGCACACUGGAGAAAAACCUUUUUCCUGCUCCGUUUGCGGAACAAGAUUCACUCGAAAGAGACUUUUGAUAACACACUCAAGUGUGCACACUGGAGAAAAUCCUUUCGCGUGCUCCAUUUGUGGUAAAACCUUCACGAGAAAAGAAAAUUUAACGAGGCAUACAAGGACUCACGCUGGGGAAAAACCUUUUGCCUGCUCAGUUUGUGGUAAAACUUUCUCUACAAGGGAAUAUUUAACGAGGCACACGAGAACACACUCUGGAGGAAAACCUUUUGCCUGCUCAAAUUGUGGGAAGGCAUUCCGGGCAAAGGCAGAUUUAACAAGGCACACGAGAGCACACUCUGGAGAAAAACCUUUUGCCUGCUCCGUUUGUAGUAAACGCUUCACUCGAAAGGAAAAUUUAGCAAAGCAUGGAAGAGAACACUCUGGAGAAACACCAAUUGCUUUUUCAGUUUGUGGUCAAACCUUUGCUCGAAGAGAUUCUUCUUCAAAACACACAAGAAGGCGCACUUUGGAGAAAAAACGUUUGCCUGCUUUGUUUUUGGGAAAAGACGAAAUCAAAUGACAAAUGUAUUUCAGAAAAACUACAAUUAUAAACAUCUUGUCCUCAUUUGUUCGCGAAUGGGCAAUUCCAAAACCAAUGAAAACAUUUUUGUCUCCAUAUUAUGUUUGACAUUGUUGUACAAACACUUUGCAUUAGUACGAUCUUUGAUUGAUUUCAAAAGUAAUCUUUUCAAAAUCCCUUCGUUGUACGAUCUUUUCAUCUCUUCACAGGGCUACUUUUGAUUUCUUUACUUUGCUUUGAAAUGUCUUGAAGUGGUUUGUUUUAAUGUGCUUUUGGGUGUUUUGGUUUUGAUUGCGUGAAGCAUAUUUAGUUGUCUCGUGUAUGAAAUGUGCUGUACGAAUAAAGCUGCCUUGCCUC